AACGGCACGCGUCAAAUGCAAAAUACAUUGCUAUUCGGCCGUGAUGCCCUGCAUGUGUCUCGAAGGUCGCCACGUCAUAUCACAUUGAUGUACGGAGAACAGUUCAUCUCUCAAGAAAAGAAGUCAUAUUCAAGCCGGAGGCCCCACCGGAUGGUCCAAGAUGUCGAACUCUUCUCUUGAUCCGGGUCACAGACAAUGGCACGCCUUGGCGCUAUCGCGGAAAAUAUAGCCCUGCUGGCAUUGUUAAAUCCGAGGGAGCCAGUUCCGGAAAACCCCAUCCCAUCUAAAUUCAUUGAUGAUGGCCGUGCGUCGCAUUUCAUAUUGUCAUUCGAGGACGAGCGGCGAACAGCAGAGGCAUUUGCCAUUUUAUUGUCAAACACAGAUAAUCCUCGGAAGGUGGGCGCUGUUUGCGUCGAGCAGUCGCUCGAUGGACACAGCCUUACCAUUCGGACUGCUGUAAAUGCGGGACCCCAGACAGAUCGAAAAGAUGCAUUCGCCAGAAUAAUCAGUGCUUUGAGGAGGGCCUCAUGUUCAGAGCCCCUGAAAAAGCAAGAAGAUGUGCUGCUGAACGAGAUCAUCGGCGCUUGCCAAUUGCGAUUACUUGGUCGUCUCCGAUCGCGUCAUGCGAAGUCCUCGCGACAAUCGGGAAGAGUGCCAUUUAUACACAAGCUUCGUGAUAACCUAAAACUGCUGGAUUGGGACCAAAAACAACCUAAAGAUAUUGACUUCUAUUGGCAGCAAGUCGAUUCUUUGAUAGAUUUGUUUGGCGAUCUUGAAAGCCUUCCAUCUCGUGAUGCAAGAUCAGAACAAGGGAGGGCAAUUCUUAACGAUAUCAUACGUCGUGUUGGGCGGGUACUUCGUCCUAUUGAUACCAGGUUAAUUUUGAACAACCCCAGUCAUCCCAGGUACGACAUGAUCAGGAGCCUCAAUAAACUUCAUCAGUAUCGCCAUGCGGCACGGUACCUCUUAUCAGCGGCCCGGAAAUUCCAUGCUUUUCAUGACUUACGCAUAGAAGAGGUCAAGCCUUUUGGUGAGAGCAAGACUGGUGCCGAGUCGUUAUCUGUUCGUCGAGGCCUCUUUAGUCGUUCUCUUACUUCGCGUAGACAGAAGAAUUUUGUGCGUUUGGUUCAAGAGCAAUCGGGGAAAAGUUUAAGUCAAAUUGAACAAGAACUGCAGAAGCAUCCCGAGUUGGACAAACGAGUGCACGCCGAAAUUCAGCUGCUGUUUCAUUACGAAUGUCAAAUGAAUACGGUCACUCAACCCCGGGUUAUCGUAUCCAAUAAACAGGCAUGCUUGUUGUGCGAUUUGUUGAUAAAAACCCACGGGGACUUCUAUACGCCUAGCUCCCAUGGGACUCUCUACCCGCGGUGGAGGAUUCCCCGAUCUGAUGAAGUGAGUUUUCCGACACCUGCGAAAGCUCGAAUGGUGCAAUGUUUGGAUCAGUUCAACCGCGCACUUGAAACCAAGAUCAAAAAGUUUGCGGCACAAAAAUGUGUCAUACCCAACGCCCCGGAGAGCGUUAUCUUUAGAUCAUACAAUCACUCCACUUCAUCUACAGUCCCAACACCGACAACAGCCGGGAAGGGAUCUGAAGGAAACCCGGAAGUGCCGAUAAAUCGCGGUUUUCCCAGCGCACGACCCUCGAUAAGAUCUCGUGUGUCUUCAAUAUCGACAAAGCUGCCGGCAUCAACGAUAGAAGAUGAUGAAACGAAGUCAUCACGGCCACUUAGAUCUCCAGUUCAGUCUGAUACAACACCUUGUCCUUGCCCACCAAAACCAAAGCGUGCUCUUUCCCUUUCAUCUUCCCAGACCUAUGCGCAAAGUGCGCUAAAACAACCGAGAAUUCUAACCCGCGGAGUCCCUACGACUUACACCAUGUCACCCGGAUCUGUAGCCCAGUUCCAGGCCCCACGAAUCCAUCUAGACUUAUCGUACGAGCAAGCUUGCGCCUUGGAGGGCUCUUCGCUCUCCCCCUCCUGCACCUCCGCAAGGAGUGCUCUGAUCCCGAGCACUGCUGAAGCCCACGAGGAUCUGACACUGCAGGUCGAGUGGUUAGACGCAGAGAAUACCAAACUUGGUGGAUUGCUGGAAAGGAUUGUCGACAUUGCAUUCCCGUGGGCAAGGAAGAGGAGGAAAAUUGCUGAUGGGGCUCUGUUCAAAGGGCAUGGCUUGGUGUUUGUGAAUAAGGACAACGCUGUUUCUCUGAAGGCUAUUGGUCCAGGGUAGCCAUUUCUACGAAGCAUCAUAUUCUCAGUGGAUUUUUUUAUACUUCUUGAUCUG